AUGGGCAACAGCAACUCUGCGGCCGCGUCGCCGACGGUCGCCGCCACCGAGAGCAGCGCGUCGCCGGCGCCGAGCCCGCGCGCGCCGUCGUCCUUCCGCCUCCUUAGCGCCGACCAGCGCGCCGUGACCUUUGACGAGCGCAUCCACUUGCCGCGGAAGAGCAUUCCGCUGCCGCACCACCCGCACCCGCACGCCGACUUUAAGAAGCUCAGCCGCGCUGCAACCUUUGACCCGCGCAUGCGCCAGACCCAAGAUGCGGUCCGCGACGUCUUGCACAAGCGCUACUUCAAUGCCAAGGAAGAGCGCGAUGCGCAGAGCCUCGGCCUCUCUGCGAUCCCAGAGCUGGAUAGCGGCAGCCACGCAAUCGUCGUUGUCGACCCGUUCUCGACGGGCAUGGUGCUCGCGGAAGAGGUCAUGAAGCGCGAGUACACGUGCAUUGCGCUCUACAGCGACACGCUUGUCGUCAUGAAGCCGCUCAUCCAGCACAUUCGCGCCGACGUGCGGCAGCAGUUUACGACCGAAAUCUACCACAACGGCGCCGACAAGUCGGACGCGGCGCUCGAGGCUACGAUCGCGGCCUUGAAGAAGGUGGGCGUCCCGAUUCUGGGCGUCCUGCCCGGCGCCGAGACAGGCGUGUGCCUCGCCGACCGUCUCUCGGAUCGCAUGGGACUGGCUUCCAACGGCGCCAAAGGCACGGAAGCGCGGCGCAACAAGUACCUCAUGGGCGAGAAGAUCCGAGCGGCCAAGUUGCGCGCGGUCAAGCAGUGUUCGGCGACGACGUGGAAUGAGAUUGUGGCGUUUCUCGAAAACGACUUGCGCCCGGAUCCGUUCGAGGUGAUUGUCAAGCCCGUCGAGAGCGCGGGCAGCGACGACGUGACGCUGUGCCGGUCCAUGGACGAGGUCCGCGCCGCGUUUGGCAACAUCCAGGGCAAGAUCAACCACCUCGGCCUCGCAAACACAGCAACGCUCGUCCAAGAGUACCUCGUCGGCACCGAGUACGUCGUGGAUACCGUCUCGCGCGACGGUGUGCACAAGGUCGUGGCGGUCUGGGAGUACGACAAGCGGCCGGUCAAUGGCGCGCCGUUUGUCUACUAUGGCGUCCUCUUGCGCGACGCGUCGAGCGACGUGGCGCAGCGCCUCAUUGCGUACAUUUUGCAGGUCCUUGAUGCGCUCGAGAUCCGCAUCGGCCCGGGACACGCCGAAGUCAAGUUUGUCCACGGUGAGCCGUGCCUCGUCGAGAUUGGCGCGCGCUGCCAUGGCGGCGAAGGCACGUACAUCCCGAUCGUGACGCCGUGCAUUGGCUACAACCAAGUCGGCGUGACGCUCGACGCGUACUUUGACAAGCCGGCGUUUGACGCGCUCCCGGUCGUGCCCGCGACGUUGCGCGCACACGGCUGCGAGGCCAUGCUCGUGGCCUACGAGCAUGGCACGCUCACGGCGCUGCCGGGCCUCGACGAGAUUACGCGACUGGGCUCGUAUGUCUCCAGUAGCUUUCACGCCAAAGUGGGCGACCGCGUCGUGCCGACGCGCGACAUGUUUGACACGCCGGGCAGCAUCUUGCUCGUCCACGCCUCCAAGGACAUUUUGGAGGCGGACUAUGCACGCAUCCGUGCGCUGGAGCACGACGGUUUGUACGCGAUCGAGCCGUCGUGUCCGGUCCUAGACCCGCUCGAGGUGGUCGUUGUCGUCGACCCGUUCUCGACGGGCGCGGUGGUCGCCGAGCGUGUGACCCGCCGCGGCUAUGCGUGCAUCUGCCUGUACAGCGACCGGCUCGACAAGAUGGAAGGUGUUGCGAGUCUGGUGCCAGAUGGACUCACGCUGCAGUUUGCGGCGACGGCCGAGCACACGGGCGACGCAAGCUCGACGUCGGUGCUUUUGCAGCGCGUCGCCGAUGCAAUCGAGCACCGACGGGCCAACAUCAUCGCGGUGCUUCCUGGCGCCGAGACGGGCGUCCUCCUCGCGGACGAGCUCGGGACGCUCCUCAACUUGACGCGCAACAAGAUGGAGCACACGCUGGCGCGCCGGGACAAGUACCUCAUGGGCGAGACGCUCCGAGACGCCGGUGUCCGCGCCGUACAGCAAGCCAAGUGCACGACGUGGGCGCAAGUAAAAGCGUUUAUCGAUCGCUUGGCGAUGGAGACGUUUGAGGUGGUGCUCAAGCCCGUCAACAGCGCGGGCACGGAAGAUGUCACGCUCUGUCUCUCGCUCGACGAAGCAAAAGACACGUUCCACACGAUCCUCGGCAAGAUCAACGGCCUCGGCCUCACGAACGAAGCCGUGCUCGUCCAAGAGUUUCUCGAAGGCGACGAGUACGUGAUCGACACUGUGUCGUGCAACGGCAAGCACAAGGUGACGGCCAUCUGGAAGUACGACAAGCGCCGCGUGAACGACGCCGCCUUUGUGUACUUUGGCCUCUCGAUCGUGCCCGCGACGCCCGGCCUUGUCGACGCGCUCAUCGACUAUCAGUUUACAGUCCUCGACGCGCUUGGGUUUGAGCACGGGCCGGGCCACGGCGAAGUCAAGUUUUGCCGCGGCUCGCCCGUGCUGAUCGAGGUUGGCGCGCGCUGCCAUGGCGGCGAAGGCGCGUGGGUCCCGAUCGCCGACACGUGCGUCGGCUACAACCAGGUUGACGUGACGGUCGACGUGUACCUCGGUCGCCACAGUGUCUUUGACGCGCUGCCCGAGCGGCCGCUGGCGCUGCCGCAGUAUGGCUGCGAGGUCAUGCUCGUCUCGUACGUCGAAGGCGUCCUCCAGGGGUACCCGGGCCUCAAGGAAAUCACGGCCAUGCCAUCGUUUCUGCGCAAAGACCUCUUGCUCAAGCCCGGCGACCGCCUCAAGCCAACCAUCGAUAUGUUUACGACGCCCGGCAGCAUCCUCCUCAUCCAUGCGGACGCGACCGUUCUGGACGCGGACCGCCGCCGCAUCCGCGAGCUUGAGGUCGCUGGCUUGUACGACGUUGCUUGA